AUUAUGGCAAGUUCGAGUUCAUAUGGUGGGUUUUUCUUUGUUCCUGCCUCCAAAGCAGAAAAGACGAAAGCUCUCGUCGUUGGUAAAUUGGGUGAAACCGUGAAAUACCUUGCGUCAGGUUCUCACUAUCUUCCCACAAAAGCAAAAUCUUGGCUGCAGGUUGCGAAUAAUGGAUAUGCUGUCUUGUUAGAGUUGGUGGGAGUAGGGUUUCGUGCCCAAGAAGAAGAAGACCGCAUUGUACUUCGCGUAGGCUUCACACAUCCCGUAUAUUUACCCAAGGAAAAGGAUGGUGUCCAGUAUCAUGUGCUUAAUCAGACAUUAUUGAGCGUAGUUGGGAUAGAUGAGAAACAAGUGCGUCAUGCUGCAGGACGAGUUCGAUUGAUCAGACCUCCAGAUCCUUAUAAAGGGAAAGGAAUUAGAUAUUUAUUGGAGGAAGUAAGACUAAAGGAAGGAAAGAAGAAAUAAAGACAACUUUGUACAGAAAUCAGACGAUCUCCUUUUCGAAAUCUAAAAUUCUCUUUUGUG